AUGGACCAAUAUAUUGAAUCAUCCAAACUAGCAACGUAUCUACAUCCAGGUCCUAGCGGACCAUUCCUUGAAUUAAACAAUGAGCCAAUGAAACCACCGUCACCAAGUACAUCAGCUUUAUUACAACAUAAUCCAAGUUUGAUUGAUCUUUGUACAUUUAAUUCUUUAUGUCAACGACUUGUUGAGAAUAAUUCACCACCAAAUACGUCACCAUACAAACCAUUUGCGAACCCAUCCGAUUUAUAUUUUUGUAUUCCACCGAUGACGCAAAUCGAUUAUUCUCCUCAAACAACCGAUUCAAAUACUAAAUCAAAUGUAAUAUCUGAAGUAACAGCAUCACCAAUUAGUUCAGCUGGUGAUUGUAGUCCUAAUGUAUCAUCAUAUUCUUCAACGCCAUAUUCAAGUCCAAAAGUCAAAAGUCUUCUUCAGCAAAAUUCUCCGAUGGAUUUAUGUGUUACAAAAGAUUGCUUGUCAACAAUUAUACCUAAACAGCAACCCACCAGUGAAAAUAUAUUAAAUUGUGAAUUAUCAGAUUUUGUCAAAAAAGUUGAAAAAUCUCCAAUAGAAUCUACGAAUCUACGAAAUGAGGAUAAAAAAGUAAUAGAAAUCAUAGCAAAAUAUUCUCAUACAUCACCUAUUCUUCAUCGUUUACUUACAUCUCCAACAAAAAUUAAUGAAAACUCUCAAUCAUCAAAUCAAAAGGAUCCGAUUGAUAAUGAUAAUAAUAAAAGUCCACAAUAUCGACCAAGAUAUUCUCCUUUCUAUAUACCCGAAACAAAUGCAAACAGAAAACUUACACCAAAAGAUACUUUAAUCAAAAAUCACAAAACUUCUCGUUCGACAUGUCGUUCACCUGUACUGUCUCGACGUCCAUCCGAAAACGAGAAAAAAAUAAUGGACACUGAUAGUAAUGCUAACAACCCUCAAUGUGAUUCGUCAAUUCAACCAACGGCUUUACUUUCAUUAGAUAAUGAUGGAUUUAUAAAUGCUACUGAAAAGUCUACAUCUGAUUCAUCAAUAAAUAAUAACAAUAAACGAUUAUUAGAUUCGUCAUCGGAACAAGUUUUAAUUAAACGUCGCAAUAAAUUAUUAGAACCAACUAUCGUCACUCAACAAAAUUAUUGUUUAUCAUAUCCAAAUAAUAUUUCACGUUGCAUUGAUUGUCAAACAGCCAGUCCAAAUGAUUUUGCAAUGCAUCUGACUGGUUGUCGAUUUCAGCAUUGUCGAACUUUAAAAUAUUUCGGCGAUAAUACAUAUGAAUUUGAAGGAUUUACUACAUCUAUUGAUUGGCAAGCACCGGAUCCAGAAACAUUAACUACACCAAACUCUAGUGGUCAACCACCAUUAAAUAUUUUAGAUGCAAAUUUUAUUUUUAAACAUAUAGCCAGACUAUUCUGCUUAAUGUUUCAACAUGAACAAAGUGAACGAUCAACAUAUGAUGAUAACAGUAUCAUUCGAAAAAAAUAUAUGGCUGGUUGGCGAGAAGUAUGCGAUGAGUGUUUAACCACACUUUUUAAUUGCCAUUAUAUGUGCAAACAAUGUGGUUAUAUGAUUUGUAUUGAUUGUUCAAAACAACUUGUAUAUUUAUCUGUUGAAAAAAAAAGAAAAUCGAAACGUUUCUGUCCACAUAAUGAUUCGUUUUGUUUAUCUGAAUUUAUCCCGUGGGAUCAUUUGUUAAAAUUACGUAGUAACGUUAUAGAUCAUUUAAGUAAAUUAAAAAUUGAUUAUUCAAUAAAAUUAUAUAAUUCAUCAAGAGCAGAAAAUCUUUCAACAUUUAUUAAAACUUUAAAAAUGAAACGGUCACAUGACGCACGUGAUAUACAAAAAGUUUGGUCUUCAAUUGAUUCCAAUAAUGAUCCAAAUAUAGAGUUUUAUUGUAAUGGUCGUCUACCUGUGUUUAAUGAAUGGACCAGUGAGAAUGCUAACCAAGUUUUUCAAAAAGUUUGGUCAACUGGUUGCCCAGUGCUUGUUAGACAAGUGCAUCAUAAGCUAUCGAAAACACUUUGGCUACCUUCAGCAUUUAAAGAACAUAUGAUUGAUCAUCGAGAAACACCAGCCUUAUACGAUUGUGAAACAUUAUCACCAAUAGCAACUGAUGAAUCGAUAUUAACAAGAUUUUGGGACGGAUUUGAACAUUUGAAUGUUCGUUUGCGAGAUGAAGAAAAUGGCGGACGACAACGUAUUUUGAAAUUAAAAGAUUGGCCAACAAAAAAAGAUUUUGCUUCUGUUUUCCCAACACUUCUACAUGAUCUCAUGAAUAAUAUUCCAUUCAGUGACUAUACAAGACGAUCAUAUACAUAUGAAAAUGUUGAAUAUCAUGGCGGUCCCAUGAAUAUUGUUGAACGAUUACCAUCCUGUUUAGUUAAACCUGAUCUUGGACCAAAACUUUAUAUUGCUUACAGUCAACUUGCAAGUCAAGCGCAAAAAAAAGCCGGAACAACAAAUCUUCAUAUCGAUGUAUCAGAUGCUGUCAAUGUUCUUGUCUAUGUUGGUAUAGGUGGUUAUGGUGACGAUGGAUCUGAUAACAAAGAUGAAAUUCGACAAGUUGAAGCCGAAAUACUUGACUCGAAUAUUGAUGAAGCUCAAUUACAACGAUUGAGGAACGGAGAACGACCGGGCGCUCUUUGGCAUUUAUUUCGUUCUGAUGACGCGAAAAAGAUUCGUGAAUAUGUUGGCCGAGCUCAUCGUAAAGCUACUGGCUCAGAUACUAUACAUGAUCAAACAGCUUAUCUAGAAAAGGAAGAUUUAGACAAGUUAAGAGAUUGGAGUAAAGUUGAAUCAUAUCCAAUGCUUCAAUUUCUCGGUGAUGCUAUUUUUAUUCCAAGUGGUGCACCUCAUCAAGUGAAAAAUUUACAUUCUUGCAUAAAGAUAGCUGAAGAUUUUGUUUCACCGGAAAAUCUUGAUAGAUGUUUAAUAACAACAAAUGAAUUUCGGUCAUUAUCAAGUACACAUACAAAUCAUGCUGAUAUCUUGCAGGCAAAGAAUAUUCUAUACUAUUCAACGCGUGAUGUAUUAAGUUCUCUGAUUGAAUCAAAUCAAACUGAUCCAUCAUUGGAAUCUUCCUCUUCAAAUGUACAUAACUAG